AUGUGGGACUGCGCAGUGAUCGGUUGCCCGAACGGCAGGUUUAACGCUCAAAAAAGUUUGGGCCGUGUCUCGUUUCAUGUGUUUCCGCAUCCAGUGCGUGAAUCCAAUCGCUUUCGACGAUGGCUUGCCCUGAUCAACAAUCCGCGGCUGCUGCGAAUGAACCCGUUAAGCGUAUUCAAAAGCGCCCGAGUUUGCCGUCGACAUUUCGGGCCGGAUUGUUUCAAUGGCGCGUGUCGUAAUUUGCUACCGAUCGCCAUUCCCACACUAUAUCUUCCGGAGGUGCGGCCCGUAGCUUUGGUGCAACCGAUGGAUGCGGUAGGUGAUGAACUGGAACGGUUGCUUCGGGAAGAGCGCAGGCAGCAGUUGAAGCGUCAUGGCGCAGUUGAAACGCCGUUCGAGGAUGAGACGAAUGAAGGCGGAAAGCGACCCCGGAUAGGUGUUACUUUGAUGUCGUCUGAUGUGGAUGAAGCAGACUGCAGUAUUGGAGACCGUUUUUUCGACCGUAUCAUUGCAUUUGAUGUGGAGGAAGAGUAUGACGAGAGAUCGCUGGUCAGCGAUUCAAGAAUAUCGUCCGUGUGCCAUGGAAGUUAUGGACUGACAAGCUUCACCGGGUUGGUAAUGAGUACAGCUGAACUGGACACGUUGAAACAGGUGGAAAUACUGAACGAACCACCCGAAACGCUUUUGAACGAUUCACCAUCACCACCGGAUGAUCGUUCCCGGGUGCCAAUCGAAAAGGGGUACGAACAGCUCGUUAGAGAGUUCGCCAGCGAGGCAAGCAACGAUGAGCAGGAGCAGCAAAUCCAAAGAAAGGAGGAUAUGGUGACCAACAGUGAAGUCAAAUCUCUGCAGGAUGACGAUUCCACACAGAAGAUCGACAUGCAAGAAUUUCCCAAAGCUCCGCUCAAUGAAGAGUUCUUCCAGAAGUGUCGUACGGAUUUUUACGACUGCCCAAAGAAUGUGCUCGCGCAGAAUGUGUGCACCCGGAUAGAUCCAUUCGAUGCGUGUUUGUCGCGAAAAUCGCUAGAAAACACGCAACACGUAUUCACGUACAAGAUCGAGAACGAAGGCAAACCGCUGACGAACCAGAAAAGUUCGGGCCGGUGUUGGCUGUUUGCGGCACUAAACUGCAUUCGCAUCCCAUUCAUCAAGCAGUACAAUUUGGACGAGUUCGAGUUCUCGCAGGCGUACCUGUUCUACUGGGAUAAGAUCGAGCGGGCCAACUACUUCCUGAACAAUGUUGUCGAUACGGCCAAGCGGGGCGAAGCAGUCGACGGCCGGUUGGUGUCGUUUCUGUUAUCCGAUCCGACGUGCGACGGUGGGCAGUGGGACAUGCUGGUGAACUUAAUCAACAAGCACGGACUGAUGCCGAAGAAAUGUUUUCCGGAGAGUUACAGCUGCGAGGCAAGCACCCGGAUGAACUCAGUCGUAAAGAGCAAGCUCCGCGAAUAUGCAAAGGAUUUGAGGAAGCUCAUCGAUAACGGUGCGACAGAUGACGAGGUGAAGGAUCGGGUGAAGAAGCAGAUGAACGAGGUGUACAACAUUGUCGGCAUCUGUCUCGGUAUUCCGCCGGAAAAGUUCACCUGGGAGUACUACGACAAGUCGAAGAAGUACCUUAACAUUGGCCCGAUCCGUCCGAUCGAUUUCUACGAGAAGUACGUCAAGCCUUACUUCAACGUCGAUGAUAAGGUGUGUUUGGUGACGGAUCCGCGUACGUCCAACCAUUACGGCCGUUCGUACACGGUCGACUGUCUCGGGAAUGUGGUGGGCGGCCGACCGGUGCUGUAUAACAAUCAACCGGUCGAACUGCUGCUCGAUUUGGUCACGAAAGCGCUCAAGUUUGGUGAGCCUGUUUGGUUCGGGUGCGAGGUUAACAAGCGUUUCGCGGGCAAGCAAGGCAUCGAAGAUUUGGAUGUGCAUGACUUCAAGCUGGUUUUUGGAGUAGACAUUCAGACUACGAUGGAUAAAGCCGAUCGGUUGCUGUACGGCGAAUCGAUGAUGACGCACGCAAUGGUGUUUACCGGUGUAUCGGUUGAUCCUAACAGCCAAAAGCCGACCAAAUUCCGCGUGGAAAAUUCCUGGGGUGAGGACCGUGGCGAGAAGGGUUACCUAAUAAUGACGGCCGAGUGGUUCAAGGAGUUUGUGUUUGAGGUGGUCGUCGAUCGCAGCAUAGUGAGCCAGGACGUGCUGGACGUAUUUGAUCUCCCGCCAAUAGUGCUGCCCGCCUGGGAUCCCAUGGGCACGCUGGCGAAGUAA